AUUGUUAAUGGGUUCGUCUUCUUCUUCAUCGUGGCUGUCCCGUUUCUGUUCUUCAGCUCUCAGGGCCAAAACUCUAACUCCUUAUUCUUCGGAAGCUUAUACAUCCACGGUGUCAGGCGAAGGCCUUCUUCGUCGUUUGAAUCUUUUUGAUCUUAUCCUUCUUGGUGCUGGAGGAACAAUUGGUGCAGGAAUCUUUGCCAUUACUGGCGCAGUCGCUCAUGAUGUUGGCCCAAGUGUCACAGUUAGUUAUGCUUUUGCUGGAAUUGUGAGUGCACUAAAUGCUUUUGGUUUCGCCGAACUGGCAUCUCGUUUUCCUGCUGUUGUUGGGGGGCCAUACAUGUAUUCAUAUACAGCAUUCAAUGAACUCACAGCUUUCAUUGUUUUUACUCAACUUAUUUUUGAUGGCCAUAUUGGGUCAGCAAGCGUAGCAAGGAGUUUGGCAAGCUAUAUGGUGAACAUGCUAGAGAUAUUUCCAUUUUUCAAGGAAAAUAUUCCAAGCUGGUUGGGACAUGGAGGAGGCAAAGAGUUCUUUGGAGGAGUUAUGUCAAUUAAUAUAUUAGCUUCAAUUCUUGUUGCACUCUUGACAAUAGUUCUGUGCAGAGGUGUUGGAGGAUUGUCUAUUUUGAACUUAUUUAUGACUUUAACAAAGAUAAUCAUCGUUCUCCUUGUCAUCAUUAUUGGUGCUUUUGAGGUUGAUGUAUCAAAUUGGUCUCCAUUUGCUCCAAAUGGGUUUACUUCAAUAGUAACCGGAGCAAGUGUAGUAUUCUUCUCAUAUUUAGGAUAUGAUGCAGUGACUAGUUCAGCUGAAGAAUGUAAAAGACCACAGAGGGAUUUACCAAUAGCAAUUCUUGGGAGUUUUCUUAUCUGUGCAACCUUAUAUAUUGGUGUCUGCUUCGUGAUUACUGGGAUGGUUUCAUACAAGGUUCUUGCUGGUGAUGCUCCUUUGGCUCAAGCUUUUGAACUUAAGGGCUUGAAAUUCGUUUCUAUUUUUGUCAGCAUUGGUGCUAUUGUUGGGCUUACCACAACGCUUCUGGUUCAUUUGUAUGUUCAUUCUAGGUUUUAUCUGGGACUUGGAAGGGAUGGUUUACUACCUUCAGUGUUCGCAAAAGUACACCAAACACGUCGGACUCCUAUUUUUUCUCAAAUAUUUGUUGGGGUGAUUGCUGGCAUCUUGGCAGGGCUAUUUGAUGUGCAUCUGCUCUCACACAUUCUUUCUGUUGGUUCAUUGAGUAGCUAUUCUGUUGUUUCAGCAUGUGUUGUAACUCUUCGUUGGAAGGAUGCAGCAGAAAGUGAAGUUUCUACAAGGUGGAUUUCAGCCUGGCUGGAAGGUGUCCUUUGCCUUCUCACAAUUGCCUGCUGUGGCUUUGGAGCAGGACUUUGCUUCCGUUUUGGUGCUUCAUUUGUUUUGUACCUAGUGACUGCAGUGAUAGCAGUAAUUGCUGCUGUUGCUCUUCAUUAUCGUCAUGUUUAUGUGGACCCACCUGGGUUUUCUUGUCCAGUAGUUCCUGUUUUUCCAGUUACUUGCAUCUUCUUCAACAUCUUUUUGUUUGCUCAGCUGCACCAGGAAGCAUGGUUGAGAUUUGUAGUUGUCAUCAUCAUCUCAGUCGUUAUCUAUGCAGUUUAUGGGCAAUACCAUGCUAAUCCUGAAAGUUCAAAUCAGAUACUUGCUUAUGACCAGCCAUCUAUAGAAGAAGCUCUAAUUACCAACCAGACUCGGGAUAGUAUCGAAACUUGAUGGGACUGUAUUAUUGUACUAUUAAUUUCAACCACGUGCCUUUCCUUCUGUUGCUCAAUUCAAGAAACUGGUGCUGACAUGAUGUUGUGUUAUAUCAUAUUGUAUCUGUCACCCGGGCUUUACUUGUAAUUGAGCAGUUGCAAUGGCUAUGUAGAUAUGUUUGAAAAUGUAAUGUAUAUGUGUCAAUAUCUUCUAAU